CUUGUAAAGCAGUGCUGGAAGUUUCAUGGCGAAUGGUUAAUGAAUUUGCCAAAUUUGGGCAUAGAGACUCGAAUCUUUCAUUGCGAGCCUUUCAUUUGCAACCAUAAAACUGCCAAGCCCUUCAAGUCGCCAUAGGAGAGAGAUUCAAAUAUCGGGGUCCUCGGAAAGACGUCAGAGCUGUGUUUUUUUUAAAUUUAUUUAUCCAAAGCCCCAACGAGUGUUUCUUUAAGUGCGUGUGUGGAGUUUUCCUGCACCGGGUGAUAGGAGGGGUGGAGAGUGACGCUGGCUGCGCUUUGGUGCUGAGCGGAGCGCUCACCUGCAGAUGAGAGAGCCGGGAAACUCGGGGCAGAGCUGCGGCACACUCACGGAGCACAAGGAGGGACGUAACGAACAGUCUGACCAAGAAAGAGGGAAAUCACACAAUUAUUGGAGAAGAAUUGCGAGUCGACCCUCUCUCUGGUUCCUCGCCCAGGCAGCCCUGGCUCGCUUGCUCGCCACGAUGAGAACUGACUUCGCUCUGGUCCUCACAGCAGCCCUUCUUCUUGACACAUUCUGGAGGAAUAAUGGGGAGCAUGCUUCCAAAGGUCCCUGCCGAGCUGGCUUCUCACAAAGCUUCUACUCUGUGUUGAUUUCAAGGGAUGUACUGCAAGGCCUGGGCAUACUUAAAGACUGAAAAUAUUCGGGAAGGAUUUGAAAAGUAAGAUGUUCGACAAGCCUCAAGCUGCAGCAGAUGGACUACAGAACAUACAGGGACAUGGAAGAUGGAGUUUGGAGUCAACAUGGAGAUUUCAGUGGAGGAACCGGACUUCAACGCUGCAGGCAACAAACAUACCCCAGUGUCAUCACAAAAAGUGAAGUUUGAUGACUGCAUGGGGAAUAAAGCGGUGGUUUUCCAGAGCAGUGACCCUAUCUUCAGCGUGCGGACAGAUGGGUCCAUCUUUGCCCAUGGAGAGGGAGCCAGCCUGGAUGAACCAGUCCAGUUUAAACUGACAGCAAGUGGUCCACACACACACGUCUGGGAGACUGUGGUCCAACUGGCACUAAUUGACCCACCUUCACCUCAACAAAAUGAAAAUGAGGUCACAAAGGAAGAGGGGAAAGUUGCUGAGAGAAAAGGGAGGAAGGAGGCGUUCCAAGCACCACCUCCUGUCAUCGUGUUCUCAGGGUCCGGCCUGAACAGCUCCAAGGGUCUACGGAGACAGAAGAGGGACUGGGUGAUCCCACCAAUCAACGUGGCGGAAAAUUCUCGAGGACCGUUCCCUCAGAUGCUCGUCAGCAUUCGUUCAGACCAGGACAAGGACAUCUCGAUCCGAUACAGCAUCACUGGGGUGGGAGCAGAUCAACCACCCAAUGAGGUGUUCAAUAUCGACCCCGUGCUUGGAAAGAUGUUCGUCACCAAACCUCUUGAUCGAGAACGUCGCUCUUCUUACCAUUUGCGAGCCCAUGCUGUGGACAUGAAUGGGAACCAGGUUGAGAAUCCCAUCGAUCUGUACAUCUUCGUCAUCGACAUGAAUGACAACAGACCUGAGUUCAAAAACCAGGUCUACAAUGGCUCUGUGGAUGAAGGCUCUAAACCAGGAACAUAUGUGAUGCACCUGUCAGCGUUCGAUGCUGAUGACAACACUACAGCUAACGGAAUGGUGCGCUAUCGAAUCCUGUCCCAGAUGCCGCACAGCCCCAUCCCUAAUAUGUUCACCAUCAACAGUGAGACUGGAGAUAUUGUGACUGUUGCACCUGGUCUCGAUCGAGAGAAAGUGUCCCAGUAUACCAUCAUCGUGCAGGCCACGGACAUGGAGGGCAACCUGAACUUUGGCCUUUCCAACACAGCCACUGCCAUCAUCACUGUCACGGACAUCAACGACAACCCUCCCAUGCUGACCUCCAGAACUUUUUCCGGUGAGGUCCCAGAGAACCGAGUGGAUGUUGUUGUGGCUAAUCUAACGGUGAUAGAUGCUGACCAACCGCACUCACCUAACUGGAACGCCAUCUACAGGAUCAUCAGUGGAGACCCGUCUGGGCACUUUACCAUCCGCACUGACCCUGUCACCAAUGAUGGCAUGGUUACCGUGGUGAAGCCAGUAGACUUUGAGAUGAACCGUGCCUUCAUGCUGACGGUGGUGGUGUCCAACCAGGCCCACCUAGCCAGUGGCAUCCAGUCUUCGCUCCAGUCCACAGCCGGGGUCACCAUAUCUGUCCAGGACAUCAACGAACCCCCUUACUUCCCCACGAACCCAAAACACAUCCGCUUUGAGGAGGGUGUCCCUGCUGGCACCAGCCUGACGACCUUCUCAGCUUCAGAUCCCGACCGACUACAGAUGCAGCAGACAAUCAGGUAUUCAAAGUUGAACGACCCUGCGGACUGGUUGUCCAUCAACAGAACCAAUGGUCAAAUCGUAACCACAGCAAUGCUCGAUCGGGAGUCUGUCUAUGUCAAAAACAACAUAUAUGAAGCCACAUUCCUGGCAACAGACAAUGGAUCUCCUGCAGCCAGCGGCACAGGCACGCUGCAGAUCUAUCUGAUAGAUAUUAAUGACAACCCCCCAGUGCUCAUACCAAGGGAGUCUCAGAUCUGUGAGCGGAUAAACAAGAAUGUCCAUGGUGUCAACAUUACUGCCGCUGACGCAGACACAGACCCCAACGCUGGACCCUUUGUCUUCGAGCUGCCCAACUUUCCCACCAGCAUCCGACGCAAUUGGACGAUUUCUCGGAUCAGUGGUGAUUACGCUCGUCUAGGGCUACGGUACCAGGUAUACUUAGAGCCGGGGGUGUAUGAGGUCCCUAUAAUUGUGUCAGACUCGGGGAACCCUCCAUUGUCCAACAGUUCGAUCAUCAAAGUGAAAGUCUGUCCCUGCGAUGAAAAUGGAGACUGCACCACUCUCGGGGCCGUGGCAGCUGCUGGCCUAGGAACUGGAGCCAUCAUCUCCAUCCUCAUCUGCAUCAUCAUACUGCUCAGCAUGGUGCUGUUGUUUGUGGUGUGGAUCAAGCGCAGAGAGAAGGAGAGGCAGACCAAGCAGCUGCUUAUUGACCCUGAAGAUGAUGUCAGAGACAACAUCCUCAAAUACGAUGAAGAGGGAGGAGGAGAAGAGGACCAGGACUACGACCUGAGCCAGCUGCAGCAGCCUGACUCCUUGGAGCACAUCAUCAGCAAGCCGCCUGGUGUCCGCAGGGUGGAUGAACGUCCCAUCAUCCCCGAGUCCCAGUACCCAAUCAGACCUGUCGUGCCCCACCCUGGCGAUAUCGGGGACUUCAUCCACGAGGGUCUGAGGGCAGCAGAUAAUGACCCCACAGCUCCUCCGUAUGACUCCCUGCUGGUGUUCGACUAUGAGGGCAGCGGCUCUACCGCCGGCUCUGUCAGCUCCCUCAACUCCUCCAGCACGGGGGACCAAGACUAUGACUACCUCAACGACUGGGGGCCCCGCUUCAAGAAGCUGGCCGACAUGUACGGAGGAGGGGAUGAUGAUUAAAUCUGCCCAGUCACACAUGCACACACACACACACACACACACACACACACACACACACACACACUCGUCCUGUCAGCUGGCCUGCCAUGCUCUGUCCCUCUAACACAUGGGGCUAUUACACCCUUAUUGAACACACGUUAAUAAUGACAUGUUCACACUGACCAACUGACUGACCAACCAACCAACCAACCAACCAACCAACCAAUCAAAUUACCCACCACAGAGGACCGGUGCCGUGAGUCAGUUUCAGGUGCUCUUCUCAACCGUCUCCUGCUCUAAGCCUGUCUAAGACUGAAACGGAAGCUCUGACUUGCAGGCUUCUCAUAGUUUGUAUUUUCGAACUUUUUUACUUUUGUUUCAUUUUAGGUUUUAUGCUAGAUGUAGGUUUUAGUUUUUAGUAGUCAGGUUUUGUUUUUCCUUUAGUUUGUGUAGUUUUUUUUGUCCCCACUACCCUUCGAUUCGAGCUGUUCUCUAUUCCUGAGGGUUUUUACUUUUCCCUCGCUGUCAGCCCCCGCUUGCCUCUCUGCAGAAGCUUUAGGUUGAGCUGCUUGCUUUGUUUGAGGGGAACAAAAGGAAAAGAAAAAACACAGAUAUUAAAGUCCUUCUUGCACGAAGGGCCCUGGUUUAUUUUUUCUUGAACUUGAAUUACUUAGAACAGAAGCACUGUUGUUUAAAAAGUGCCUUCAGUGGUGCGUAUUUUAGCAGACUCCCGCUAACUCAGGAUUGGUUGCCAUUUUCUGGGCUUACAUGCCCCCAUAUGACCCCUGACCCUUUAACUCAGACCUCCCCUUGUCAUUUCUAUCGUCCUGCGGGGCUGUGGUAGCUGCAGGAGAUAUCAGUGCUGGUUUAAGAGGAGCAUUGACUGGCUUACGAGGGCGCUUUAUGUAGACGUACUGUACAAAGGCCUACAGUGUGUCUGUAAGUUAUGGACAAAUCAUAAACUUUUCAAGUCAGGCAUAUCUGUGCUCCUAUAUCACAGCCAACUUGAAUGUGAUUACUAAAAUCACAAAAAUACAUUAUGGGAGAAGAAAUGCAUUGCGUGUCUUUGUUUAUUGUGGCUUCAAUAGCAGCUGUGUUUGUUUUGAGCUCUCAGUAUUUACACCUAAAAGGCUUGUUACUACAUUUUGAAGAUUGACAAGUCACAUGUGUUACCUCUGUAAUGUUACUGUAUAUCAAGUGCAUAUGGGGGUUAUUUAAGGAGACUUUGCCUUUAAGAUCAUUUAAGGUUUGCAUGUUUAUCCCUUCACCCAAAGGUAAUUAACAUGGCACCAGUUAUUGUGUGGUAAAUGUGUCAAAGAAAAAUAUAUAAACUGUACAAACAUGAGGGAAAAGAAAAUACAGGAUAUCAAAUAUCUCAGAUAGCGUUGCAUACAGAGUUGUGAGCUUGUACGAGCCCCAUUCUGAGUCCCUUUCUCUCUUUAUUUUUUUCUUUUGUUGAUUCACUGUUGUUUCUCAGCAAACUUUUAAUAUACAAACUUUGGUGCUGGUCCCUGUCAUAGAAACUGGGAGAAUUGAGCCUCAGCCAGGGAUUUAGCGCCUUCACAAUCUGUCUCUCUUCAGGCAGCAUUUCAUUCAUCUGAAAUUUUCUCCUGAAAUUUUUGGCUGCAAGUUCAAGAGGUUUUGAAAAGAAGUUAGAGGAAGGGAAAGUCUGUUAUGAAGUUCUGCACUUUAUCAAAGCAGACUUGCAAAACUAAAGCUUCAGUAAUAGCGCAGACAUUUUGAAAGACAGUUUUGUUGUGACUUAAUGAAAAAGCAGCACUACCCAUGGGCUUUUGUAAUCAUAUUUCAGGGCCCCAGAACUGCAUGUACAGAACUGUAAAAAAAGAGCUUUAGUCUUUGUAUUAAAUUAUUUAAAUAUGCAAAACAUUUCAUAGAGGGACCAGGGAGAUGCUGGUGAAUGAUAGAAAGGUUUAAUCAUUUCUUAUCUUCUGAAUGCCCAUUGAAACACUCCUCGGUUGUAGCCAGUUUCAACUUGAUGUGGACUGACCAGAUUUUCUAUUAAUUAUGAAUAUGAUGAAUGCUUGGAGGAAAUCUCAGUAACGACAAUGUUCUUCAGAUGAUGUGAUGAGAAGGAUCCUCCACUCCUCCAUUUUCUCCUGCUGCUUCUCAACUGUUCCUCACCUACUCAUGGUUCAUAUGAAUAGCUGUAGAUAAAAAUAAUCUUUAGCUUUCACAAAUGGUAAUAACAAUUGUAACUAUACUUUCAGAGUGGAUGGAAAAGAAUUAACUUGUGACAAGAUAUAAAUGGAAAGUAUUGCCUGUUAGUAUAUAUUCAUCAUGCCGUAACAAAGAAAUAAGGAUGAGAGUUUGAUUUGACUAUAAACAAGGGAAGGAAGGUCAUAUUAUAAUUAAAGGUCAACAGGGUAGGAAUUUCUUGAUUUACAUUAAUAGAUAAAUGGGUGCAAAUUGCACCACAUGAGAAUAGGAGUUGUUUCCACAGCUUGCUGCUGGAUAAGCUCUUUUCUUUCUGAUUGCUCCUCAGCCUACAGAAUAUCUUCACAAAAUAAACACAGCUGUUACUUUCUGCUAUUUGUGAUUAUUUCUGACAUAAAUGUUGUAUAUACAGAACAUUUUUAUACAUUUGGUAAUAUGAUUUAUCUGUUUCUGUGUGGUCUUUGUAUUUUCUUUCACUCCAGUUUUGUUUUUAAAUUAAAUACUUGGCAGUGUAUAUUUCACCAUAAAAAGCCAUGUGCAUUUACGAGAAUCUGUAUGAUUCUAUAUGAGCUUACAGCCAUACUUGUGUCGCUGUUCGAGUUUAGCUUCAUCAUGGUGAAAAGGUUCCACUUCAAACCAACUUGUACAGUCUUACUAGCACACACUCACUCCUCUAGGCCUUAUUGUAUAUAUGUGAGUGUUCUAUAUUAUAUGAGCCCUUUCAGCAUUGUUCUAAUUCAGCUGCGGAGCUCCAACAUUACUGAAGGCCCUCCUGCAUUCACAGAAUAAAGACAUGCUUAGUGAAAUGCUUGUGCUCUCUAAUCAGAUGUUCAGACCGGAUUCAGGGCCUAACUGGAGGCAGGAGGCCCCACACACACACUUUACACAAGGUAACUGACCUUUAUAACUGUGUCAUGCAUACAGACAUGACACAAUGCCAUUAUGAUACUGAAUGUUAUCAAUGACUCGCAAUGACACAUGGUAGCAAAUCAUCAGUGGAGUCGCUCAAAGUUGACACCCCCAUUUAAAUGCAAUUUGUGAGGGGAAAUGAAGGAAGAUUGAUCAUUACUUGUUACAUACUUGGUCCACUUGUCUUAUUGAUGUUCCCUUGCUAAAGUGAGGAGAGAAUUAGCAAAUGAUGCAAUGAAGGAAGAACUAUUGCACUGCUGUAGUCCACCCCUGUCUUCUUGCUGUGUCAACAAUGGCUCUUCUGCCUCUCUGACUGGUGUUAGUUAAAGGACACUUGGUCUCACUCGGGACACUGCCUGAACAUGGACACACAUGACGUGAGGCUCCAAGACAGGCUGCAGUGUUUCACACUAGUUCUCCCAAUACUGCUCAAGCCCAAGUGUACAUAAUGUAGUAUUUGCUUGAAGCUAAACAGACCAAGUUAGGCAAACUGUAACUGUACAAUUGGAGCUUUUUGCAUGUGUCUUUUUAUAAUGGACAGAUGAGUUCUAUUACAGUAACCAUACAACAUUUUAAAACGUGUCGCAGCCCGCAUGACCGAGGUUGCAGUCCAGAAGGGAUUCUGGUGUACCAUACUCAUAGUUUCAAAUGGAGGAGAAAAAAAGCAGAAAAAAUAAUUGCACAGUUAGAGUCAAAAUACUUUUUUUGUAAAUUGUCAACAGCACAAAUAUUUUGUAUUGUUGUUUGUACCAUUUUGUAAGAAAAUGAAGAGAAAAAACAAAAAAAGGGAAAGAAUCUGUUGUUUCAAGCGUGUGUUUAUAGUGCCACUGCAAUCUUGGUUUCCAAAUACCGUACAGUAAAUGCACAGCCUUGCAGAUCAACCUUGUAAUAUAGACGCUGAGCUGGAGACUCCCUGUCAGCACCAUGUGUUAUAAAUAAAAUUUCCCCUCCUUAUAAGAA